AUGCAGUUGGGGGGCUGUGCCGCGGCCUCUGUCUCGCCUGCCUGCCCACUGCUGCCACUCCUCUCCAGAGCAGGAGACCCUCUGCCCGACAUCCUCCAGCACCAGAGCCCCACGGGCCGCUGCCCUCACGCCACCAGCCAGAUGCCUGCCACUGCCACCAUGCCUCAGCUGGGAUGGGGGCAGCUCUCCACUCCUCCUAGAAUGGAGCAACUCACUGCCCCCAGCACCCGCCACCCUGGGAAGUGCCUACAAGAAAACAGACUGUCUCUCUGCACUUUCUUUUUCAGAGAGCAACUGAUAGCAGCUUCAGCUAAUCGCCUAUCUGAUGUACCUUUACCCCUAGUUGUCAGUGUCUGGGAGGAGGGGAGUAUUUCCCAGUCCACAAGGUCACGCCUGCUGCAGAGACACCAGGGCACUGCUCUGAAGGCGCUUGGAAAGCUCAGAAGCAAGGAGAGAAGGUUCCCCACGACUCUGCAGGAGCCCAUCACCGAAGCAGCACAGGGCACAAGGUCCUGUGUGGCCAAGAUGAAGAAAGCCCCCGAGAACAUCUCUCUGGAAGGUGCCAACUGGAACCAGGACACAUGCACAAGCUCAUCGGCCCAGGACAGUAUUUUUUGUUCUGAAGAAGAUAACAGCCUGUAUUUCACAUACAGUGGAAAAUCAAAUGUUCUUGAGGUCAAAGAACUCAACUACCAGGUUAACCUGGCAUCCCAGAUUCCAUGGUAUGAGAAACUCACGCAGAUGCAAUUGCUAUUGCCCUGGAACUCAGGUCCUGAUUCUCACGUGUCAAUAAUCCAGAACUUGAAUUUAAAAGUUCAUAGUGGUCAGAUGCUAGCUAUUAUAGGAAGCACUGCUGGCGGAAAGACAUCCUUGCUUGAUGUGAUAACCUGCCGGGAUCAUGGAGGCAAAAUCAAGUCCGGUCAAAUCAUGAUCAACAACAAACCCAGCACUCCCCAGCUUGUCAAGAAAUGCAUUGCACACGUGAGGCAGGAUGAUCGAUUGCUCCCCCACCUGACUGUCAGAGAAACGCUAUUGUUCAUUGCCAAGCUGCGCCUUCCAGAAUGUUUUUCAGACUCACAAAGGCAAAAAAGGGUGGAAGAUGUAAUAGCAGAGCUACGGUUGCGGCAGUGUGCGAACACGAGGGUAGGGAAUGAGUACCUCCGUGGCAUUUCAGGAGGCGAGAGGAGGAGGGUGAGCAUUGGUGUACAGCUGCUCUGGAACCCAGGAAUACUGAUACUUGAUGAACCCACAUCUGGACUGGACAGUUUUACAGCACAUAACCUUGUGAUAACAUUAUCCAGACUGGCCAGAGGAAACAGAUUAGUUCUUCUUUCACUUCAUCAGCCUCGGUCAGAUAUUUUCCAACUGUUUGAUUUAGUUCUUCUGAUGACUUCUGGAGUCACUGUCUAUUCUGGAACAGCUAGAGACAUGGUCCAGUACUUCACAGACCUAGGCUACCCCUGCCCAAGGUACAGCAAUCCUGCGGAUUUCUAUGUUGACCUGACCAGCAUUGAUAAACACACUGCAGAAAAGGAGAUGGAAAGCCAAAAAAGAGCAAAUACUCUUGCCAGCUUGUUCCAAGAAAAAAUCAAAGAUUUUGAUGAUUUCUUAUGGAAAGCAAGUGAAAGUGACAGUGUUGUGACCACUACCAGCAAGCAAAGCUCUCAUUUAAAACCAGAAGAGGUUAUCAACAUGCCAUACCAUUCAAGUGAUCAGUUACCAGGAGUCUCGAAACAGUUCACUGUAUUAUUAAGUCGUCAAGUGUCCAACGACUUCAGAGAUCUCCCAACAUUACUAGUCCAUGGACUUGAGGCCCUUGUCAUGUCAUUAUUAAUUGGAUUUUUGUACUAUGGACAUGAAAGCAGACUCUCCAUUCGUGACACAUCAGCACUGCUGUACAUGUUAGGUGCACUAACCCCAUUCACAGUGAUUUUGGAUGUUAUUGCCAAAUGUCAUUCCGAAAGAGCAAUGCUUUAUCACGACUUGGAAAAUGGAAUGUAUUCUGUGACCCCAUACUUCUUUGCUAAGAUUUUGGGGGAGCUCCCCGAGCACUGCGUUUUUGUUAUAAUUUAUGGGGUUCCCAUCUACUGGCUGACAAAUCUGUUUCCUGAAGCAGAACAUUUUUUGCUGAACUUCUUCUCAGUGUGGCUGGCUGUAUAUAGUGCCCGUGCAAUGGCACUUUGGGUGUCAGCGCUGCUGCCAACAUUACAGCUCUCAGCUUUCUUUGGCAAUGUCCUUUUCACUUCAUUCUACCUGAGUGGUGGUUUUCUGAUAAGCCUGGAACAGCUCUGGACAGUUCCAUAUUGGGUUUCUAAGGUAUCUUUUCUCAGAUGGAAUUUCCAAGGCAUGAUGCAAAUUCAGUUCACUGAUUCCAUAUAUGAUAUGACUUAUGGGAACAUUACAAUUAAAAUUCCAGGAAGACUUGUAACCAAGGCUCUGGGUCUGGACUCAGAGCCUCUUUACAUAAGCUACGUCAUCAUUGGUGGCAAUAUUUUCUGUUUCCUGCUUCUAUACUAUCUAUCAUUAAGGUUCAUCAAGCAGAAAUCAAACCAAGACUGGUAACAGCAAAGCAUGAAGCUGGGGCAGCAGGUUACAGCGCCUCUUGCAAGAGAGCGUGGGAAGCCCAUAAGCUUAUUUUUGGUGGGCAUUGCUGAAGUGCUGGGAGAGCAGGCAGUGGCUGAGCAGUGCUGCAUGAAGUGAGUCCACUUCGCCACAGGAUGGCAGCAGAAGACCAGCAGUUGGAAGCCAGCUUGUUCUCUAAUCAGACAAAUCACAAUAAAAUUGACUUUUUUUUUUUAUUUAAUUUUAUUUCUUGGACAUUCAGGUGACGCCUAUGUAAGUUAACUACUACUUGAAAUAUCCUAAGCGAUGGGCUACUUAUUUAAAAGGGCCUAACCUAACACUGUAAUAGCUGAUGUUCCAGGCCACACAGCAUUUGAAUGGAUGGUGAUCCUACAGAGGUGAGAUCAGCACACAUGAAAGACAACUUUCUGCACUCUGCACUAAUACAAACAGUGCAGAGGAAAGCAACGUGAAGAUUUCACUGCAAAGCCUCAAGAGAACAUGCAAGGAUGAAAAACUCAAGUAUUAAUUAUCCUGUAUUGUUUCUAAUUGCUUGAGUGUUUUAAGAUUUCACCCUUGUGUUCCAGUUAGAUGCUGUUGGUGCUCAAAAUAAAUACUUUCUCACUGUAUAAAUAAUUUCUUACAAUAUAUUUUUAUCUUACCUCCUUGGGUCUGUUUUUACAGCAUAAAUACCCACCAAUUUAUUGUUAUUAAUCAUACCUUUCUCCAUGGCAGUGCAAAUCAGCAAUGUGCCAGUUUGGGUUCCUAAGAUUCUCAGGUAGGAAGUAGCAAAACUGCUCACUGGUAAUUGAAGAUCUAAUAAUGCAAUCUAUGAAAUGCUGCACUUGUGCAGCUUAUUAAGUUCAGCCAUAAGGCACAGUACUCAGAAAAAUAAUAAAUAAAUGGCUGUAAUUCACACACAGUCAUGCUAAGUGCAGGUGCAAAUUACGAGUACAGAUGUUAUGAGCAAUUUAUAAGAUUAGCUUGCCUGAUUCUAAACAUUUGGAUGCACAUCUCUGUGCUCAUUCACAUCAGAAAUGCAAAGUACAUCUAUUCUACUUCCAUUUACUGAUAUGUUGCACGUAGUGCAAUUGGCUGUAAUGCCCUGGAUGCUGUUAUGUAAAUCUAUUCGUUUUUAAUAAUAAUAAUAAAAAAGAAGAAACUGAGAUUAAAACGGAAGAGCAUCAAUGUUAUAUUAUUUCCAUUUAGCAAGAAGGGCUGCCACAUUGCUUUCCACAGGUUCAACACAGUAAUAAAUUCACAGGAAGCCCUCAGUCUAAAGAUGUUAGGCAGGUCUGAUAGAAUAACAGCUUCAGCUCCAGGCAGCAGCAGGAAUCCAAAGCACUCCAAGGUUUUUCUGAGGUGAAGCCUACCAUUUCUUUCUGGUU